AUGGCGUUCUUCGGCAAGCUCCUGAUCGCUGUGGGCGCGCUCCUGCUGGUGCACGCGGGCUACUACUCAGUGCAGUAUGAGUCGUACGUGAAGCUGGCGGAGACGGCCGACGCGCAGAUGCCGCCCUUCGAGGUCGUCGUGGAACUCGUGGCGUCCUUCCUCAUCUCGCUGGUGGGCGUGCUGCUCACGUCUGGGGAGAUUAUGCCCAUCCGGUCCAACGACGCGAUGCACUCGAGGUCGCUGGCCACCGUCGUCUCGAGCCCGGACUUCUACGUGUUCAACCACCGCGGCAAGGCGCUGCACAAGCGCAUUAUUUCAUAG